UAUUAUCGAGUAAUUUUUAUUCACGUUUCGCAUCUCACAGUAUCAACCAUGGAACGGAAUGACAAAUUGCAAUUACCGAUGCUGAACAAAGAAGUGAACAAUGCCUCAACUUCACCACUUAAAUCUCCCAUCCAACAGUCACAACUCCUGCCAAAACAAUCGUCCAGUUCUGCCACAGGAAACCCCCGGAACAAAACCGCCUUGAAGCCGGGCCACUCGCUGAUGGACUGGAUCCGGCUGGGCAACUCGGGCACCGAUCUGACUGGCACCGGGGGACGUGUGCAACCCGUCAGCCAUGCCGAGCUGGCCAAGCAUGACCGGCUCGACGAUGCCUGGAUGGCGAUUCGAGGGAAGGUGUACAACGUGACGCGAUACAUGAACUUUCAUCCCGGCGGUGCGGAUGAGCUUAUCCGUGGCAUCGGUAAGGAUGCGACAAAACUGUUCGAAGAGGUUCACGCCUGGGUCAACUACGAGUCUUUGCUGGCGAAGUGCUACGUCGGCCCACUACGUAACACGGCUACGGUUACCCUCGGCGAUGGUAAAAUACCUAGUAGUAAACUUCCACCACCUCCACCAUCGUUCCUAACGGCUACGACCAACACCAUGCCGAGUAGGGCAGCAAAAGAAACGCUAACCAUCAAUCCCCUAACCGCAUCGGAACGACCGGACCCCAGUGAUGGCUUGCCGGAAAGCGAAAGCCCUGGUGUGUCGAUCGUAAACUCUGGUAGUGACGACUCGCUGAAGCUGUCCGUACCGAUCGUGCCCCGGUUCGACUGGAUCCAGAAAACGUCCGAGUUGACACUGAUCUUCUACACGCGUUCGCUAGCGAAUCCGGGCGUAGUAGUGGAGUGUGUGGAUCAUCUCGAGGUGACGGUGACGUUGCUGCUGGAGGCGAGCGUUGAACACCGGUAUCGCUUUCACCUCACGAACAACGUCCAGUGGCCCUGUACCGCCCGUACCUCGCUCGAGACGGGCAAGAUCGAACUGAUGUUCACCAAGCUGUGUCCCGCGCUGUGGACUAGCUACGGGCAGAUGACGUACGAGCGGUGCGAGAACUGCGAGAUGCAGCUACACGAGUACGACGUAGCGACGCGGGUUGAGAUCACGCACGAUUCCUGCGCGUUGUUGCUGCGACCGAAAAAUAACUGUCUGUUGCAGGUUACCCCCGUCGGUUACCACGUGUCCGUGUCGGCUUCCAUCGAGGGCGGUGAGUACGUCUCCCGAAGUUACACACCGGUGCCGGCGGCUUGGAUCAGCACGGACUGCCCCGCUACGUCCGUGCCCCUUCUCGUCAAGUCCUACCAGGACGGGUGCCUUUCGAAGCAGCUCACACGGCCCGCACCGCUGGCCACCUCGCUGCAACUUUCGCAACCCAGCGGAAACUUUGCGCUGAGCAAACUGCGGCACCACAAUCGGUUUGCGCUGCUGGCCGCGGGCAGCGGACUGACACCGAUGUUGGCCUUACUCGACUAUCUGUUAGACCGGACCAGCAACCGGAUAGAACACAUCUGCCUGCUGUACUUCAACAAAACCGAAGCCGAUAUCUGGUGCCGGGAGAGGUUGGAAAAUUUAUGCAAAAAGGACAAAAGGUUUAUCCUCCGACAUAUCCUCUCAGAGACGACGCUACCCGAUUUAUCAUCAUCGCCAUCGGCUACCACAUCUCUGUCGGUAGGAUCGCCGCAGAUUGACGGGCCGUCGGACGCUGAGAAUCACGCCAGUUACGCGCACGGACGCAUUUCGCUCGAUAUCGUCCGUCAGCUAACCACGCAAAGCUCCCCCCUGUACGCCAGCUACUGCUGCCUGUGCGGUCCGAAGCCGUUCAACGAAUUGUGCCUCCAGCACUUUCGGGAGACGGACCACAAUCCGAACCAUCUGCACUGCUUCCAGGGUUAGGGUGAUUGGAUAGAAGACAACCAAGACCGAUGUGUGGCUCGAGAUUGUGAUAGGGUCCCUCUAGGAUAGACCUUUCCUCUCCGAGCGACCAGGAGACGAUGAGUAUGGUAGAGGGGAUGAUGAAGCCGGUGGAAAUUGCGAACUGAAACGAGUUUCCGUACCAGCAAACUAAAGCACCAAAAUCACCUAUAGCAAAAGUACACCAAUAGGGAGCCGCAAAAUAGCCCCUAGAAUAACGAAACGUAGAAUCGGCAAAACCAAUUUGGUCCGCGAACUGAAUCAGACAAAAAGCAAAAAUGGGACGUUAACAAAACAGAACAUAGAAAUCUAUUUAACUGCAAAUGGAUCAAUAUAGAAAUAGAAACAAAACAAGAGAAGCACCAAAAGCACCUACGAGGCAGCGUUAAAACGGGUAGCAAGCAGAACACUGGCGCACAUCACAUGUUAGGUAGAAUGUAGGGCACGCGUCUCUGAUGGUCGCAAUCGUGCACUCGUUUCGCCGGUCCCGGCAUCGUUGUCGUUGUUAGAGAGCUGUUUUUGUUGUUGUGUUGUAAUUUAGCGAUACAUUCGGAACAGGUAAUUAGCGUAACGGAAAUGAUAGAACACUAAACCGUUGAUAGGGAAAGAGCAUCAAGCGGUAACAUGGGCCGUACCGUGGCCGAGAGAACCAAUUUUCGGGCGGGAAUCUAAUCGUUUUAUGUCUGGCUUAAUGUGUGAAGGCAUGUUGAAAGCGAAAAUGGAGAAACCGAAGGUAACAGAAAGCUUCUUUUACACAGUGUGUUUGGUAUUAUAAGACUAGCUAACAGUAUGAAAAUCAGACAAGGAGAAUGAGAAAACAAGAAUGGAGAGUUCAUGUCGUGGCAGGCAACUAGAAGAAAUAGAAUAUUUAAACAACAAAUAGGAAUAAACCAAAU